ACGCGAGUCGCGAAACGAUUCAGUCUCCUCGAAACCACUCGACAAUAAAAGACAAGACGUGGAUAAACAACAAUAGCCGCGGCACGUUUGUUUUCUGCCGAUGUGCCGAUCGUUCGUGCGAAUUUCUUGAUGAUUCAUUAACGAUCGGGCCUUCGAGCGAGGUCGUGUUAAAGUUUGUGUAACGUUGCAGCUGCCAACUCGUUCUCUUCGGGUGACCGUUUAAUUGAAUCGACAUGGAGCAAAAUGGUGUAUCGAUGAUAUCUUCACCGAAUGAUAAUUCUGGAAAAUCUAAGAGCAUCGGUAUCACCCUAAGAUCUAGCAGCUUACAAUCGGCUAAGGAAAAGUUGAAGGCACCCUGGUUGAAGAAGGUGGAGGAAGGCAGCACGUUAUGGGACAAGUUGCUGGCCGUUCUGGCAGAAUUAAUCGGAACGGCACUCCUGGUCUUUCUGGGAUGCACAGCAUGCGUGGGCAGUUUAGGUACGACGCCGACACCUUUACAAAUCGGCCUCGCUUUCGGUUUUGCUGUCAUGAUCGCAGUACAGUGUUUUGGCCAUAUCAGCGGCGCUCAUGUUAAUCCAGCUAUUACAGCCGCUACUGUAAUUCUCGGCAAUACGUCUCUCCUGAUGGCCGGAUUCUACAUCAUUGCACAAUGUUUGGGUAGCCUGAUAGGUUACGGUUUAUUAAAGAUGACAACGCCGCAAGAUUUAUUAUACUCAAAGCCAAACGAAUCCUUCUGUGUGACGAGAAUUGAUUCACACUUACAUCCCGCUCAUGGAGUCGCAGUCGAAGCUUUAGCCACGGGGGUAUUUGUCUUCUUCGCCUGCGCAGUUUGGGAUUCGCGAAACGCGAAAAACACCGAGACGAUAGCGAUAAAAUUCGGCUUCUGCAUCACCAUGCUUGCUUUGGCUUUUGCCCCUUACACUGGCUGUAGUCUCAACCCCGCCAGAUCAUUCGGACCAGCGGUCUGGAAUAAUGACUUUGAAAAUCAUUGGGUAUACUGGCUGGGACCGAUCGGAGGCGCCAUAAUCUCGGCCCUGAUCUAUCGAUGCUUAUUCAUGCCCAAGACGAAAAAUCAGGAUGAUGCCAUGCAUGACAUGGAAACUUUCAACGGCAUCGAGACGUAAAUGGAAUCACACCGAACGAAAUUGUAUUCCGGCUGUCGGUGAUUCACAAAUUGAACGAGAAAUCCUGAAUCGCGCUGGUAUUUUCCUCCUCGGUUGAAAAAGAGGACGUUGCAAAAGUUGCGGCGGAAACUCUUGCGGGCACGAUAGAAGCGGAUCGGACAGGCUUCGAACUUUACGGAUUUUUGCUUUCAGGAUACUCGUUGGAAACAUCUCACUCGAAAAUCUUGUAACCCAAAGGAUCAAAAAUACGCGACUUCUUCGUUGUAGAUUGUAAUCUGACGAAUUAUUUUUGUACAGAAAUAUUCGAUGUAAUAAGGCGCUUUGACGUUUCGCAUUUGCUUUUAUGCAAUAGAUAUAGAAUUUUCGGUGCAUUUUUGUCAUCACAUUAUUUGUUAUUUAUAUGAUUCAUAGCAUCGUGGCCGAGCGAAACAUGGAAAUGCAUUUUAAACAUGAAAUGCAAAAUAUAAAUGAUAAAUUGUGUAUUCUAAAAAUGUUAUUUCAGAAUGAAAAAAAAUACAGAUCGAGUACACACGUACUACUAUAAAUGAGCGAAUUUUUGUAGAAUUUUUCUCAAGAAUAAAUAACUAGCGUUAUGUAUUGAAUAUUUACGCCUGUAGCAUUCGUUUGACAUACCGCUCGGCCAUGACGCAUAUAUGAAUAUUUAUAUCCUUUUGCUAUGUAGUUUUUACAUCUCCAGCACUUUUGAAGAUAAUCGCUCUAUGUCGUUGUAAACAUAUAGCGAAGCACCGUAAUGGCGUGUGAUUUCGUCUUGCCUAGUGGCAUAUAAUUUAAGAUACUAAUUCUCUCGCACUCCCGUUCCUCUCUUUUUUUUUUGUUUUUGUUCGUGGCAAGCUCUCUCGCAUGCAUUACGCCACAGCGGCCGCUUCGCCGCGCUUUUUAUUAAUUAUUAGCGAAUUUAUGGGUUGUAUGCAGACCCGGUUCGCUCGCUCCGCAAUUCCACCAAAUUCGCCGCCAUUAUAUCGUACACGUACGCGAUGCAGCUCGUUAAGGCCGACAUCUCUUAUCCCUGCUGCGACGAAAUUCGAAAUAACGGAAUUAGUCUCGGCGAAUUCGGGAAAUUGCCUCCAUCGCCGUCGGUCGCGCCAAAGUUUUAAUUGUAUAUUCGAUCUACAUGUCUGUGCGUGCGUGCGUGUCUAUGUAUGUAUGUGGGUGUGUGUGUGUGUAUGUGCGUAUGUAUAACCGCGAUUGCAAUUACGUUCUGCAACUUAAUGUAUAUGUAAAUACAAGAUACACGUCCGGACCUCCUCGUUUCAUAUAUAUAUAUAUCCCUUCUUCUGUAGAUAACAAUAAGAUAACUUUAAGAGCGAAAUCGCAUAGUAGAUUUCCUGGAAUUUCGCAAGCCUUAAGGCCUUAUAUUUUGCGCGCGAACGAUCGGCGAAGGAUAAGAUCGAAUUCCGAAUUACAUUAUUGCAAUGUGUAUUUAUGUAAGUAAUUUUCAAUUGUAAUAAUAAAAUGUGGCUUCAAAUAAAUUCUACGUGUUUUGACGAA